CGCCCAAGACGAAGGUGGUCCACUUCACUAUGAACCCUGCUGAGAUAGCUCAGAGACACAGAGAAGAGGAGCCGAAAAGGUUGCAUGAUGAAAAUGACAAACUGAAACAGAGGCUGAAGUUGCUAGAGGAAUCUGGAGGCUCGGUGGAUGACCUGACUCAGAAGGUGGAGAAGAAACUACAGGAACCAGAUGCCGGAAAGGAGGUGGAAGAGCUGAAGAGCCAGCUGACCCGGGAAGAGCUGCGCAACAAGCGACUGAUGGAGGCAUUCAAAAAGACGAGCCAGGAGUUCCGUGAGGUGUGCUACCAGCUGACAGGCUACAAGAUUGACAUCCCCCUGUGCCAGCCGGGGCACCGGACUCACAAACAUGUAUGCCGAUUCCCCACAAGACUACCUGCUGUUUGCUGUGAGUAG